GAGUAGCAGAGAUAAUCUGCGGACACAGACUCAGUUGAGCCUCAAGUGUUUGGCAGCUAAAGCAGUGCAGAAGUACAACAUCCAGUACAUAGGUCAGGUGCCUCACUCGCUGGAGAGUUUCAUUGACCUGCAUGGGCCUGGGGAGGUUCCCCCGGUGACGAGGCAUGAGCUAGCUAGAUACGAGAGAGAAAGCAGCAGAUGUGACCUGCAUUGGACUGAAUUGUAAAUAUCUACCAAGACAUCACUUCUCCCUACUUAGUUCCCACACACUCUAGUG